GCACGCACUGCGAAGGAUUCACCUCACCGAGACACUCUCAUCCCUCAUCAGUCUAUUCCUGAUAGUCAAUACCCACCUCUGUUGGAUUCUUCUUCCAUGUUCGACUUCUCUUCUUACACAUGAAAUGGACAUGGACACAACCUCGAGCAAUGCCAUUGACUUCCAUCAUCCAUACACGCCCUACGAUGUCCAGACUCAGUUCAUGACGACGGCAUAUAACGUCCUUGAAACUGGCCAAGGACAGAUUGGUAUUCUAGAAAGUCCCACGGGAACAGGCAAGUCGCUUUCCCUCAUCUGCGCAGCACUCACGUGGCUCAGAAACCACAAGUCCAAGCAGUACGAGGUGUCCCUUCAGACAGUGGGCGACGAUAUCAAGGAUGAGCCUGAUUGGAUCGUCGAGCAGAUGCUCCGCCGGAAGCGGGACGACUUGUCCAGGACAUGGGAAGAGCGGGAGCAACGGCUGGAAAGGAUCCGGUUGAAGGAGAAGGCUGAUGCCGUGCGCAGUGCCAAGCGGCGCCGCGUAGAUGACGGCCGCGAGAAGUCAUCGACCAGCAAAGCGCGGGCUUCCGAUGAAGAUACAGAUACCGAGUGGCUUCUGGACGACGUCGAUCACGAGUCGGCCGAGUCGAAAGCUGGCCAUGGCGAUGGCGACGUAUUCGCCGGUCUCAGCAAGGAAACAAGAGACACAUUGAGUCUCUUCGGACUCGGUCACUCGAGCACCAAGCAGGACGAUGAAGAUGUCAUGGUCGAAGAUGGCGUCAAGAUCUUUUAUGCCUCGAGAACCCAUUCCCAACUGUCUCAAUUCGUGUCUGAGCUCCGUCGUCCCGUCUUCCCCUCCUCUCUCCCGUCCUCUCUCAGUCCACAAGACGAGAAGAAGACGGAACGCGCCCAAGAACAGGUCAAGCAUCUGCCGCUGUCCUCGCGGCAAAAGCUGUGCAUCAACCCCUCCGUGGCCCGCCUUGGGUCCCAAGCUGCGAUCAACGACCGUUGUUCUGAGCUGCAGCAGGCCAAGUCCAAGCAGAAGUGCCCUUACAUCCCAAAGGAGGACAAGUUGAGCCAGACCCAUCAGUUCCGCGACACGGCCCACGCCACGGUACCGGACAUUGAGGAUCUGUAUCACCUGGGGAAGACCCUGGGAGUGUGCCCGUAUUACGCGUCGCGGGCGGCCAUUGCAGGCACAGAGAUCAUCUCGCUCCCGUACCCGUUGCUUCUCCAGAAAACCGCUAGGGAUGCGCUGGGUAUCAAGCUGGAGGGAAAUAUCGUCAUCAUCGACGAGGCGCACAAUAUCAUGGACGCAGUGGCCAACGCGUACGCAUCGCAAAUCCGUCUCGGUGAGUUGAAGAGAGCCCGGCAAAUGCUGGGCGUUUACGUCAAGAGGUUUGGCAAGAAGCUCAAGGGCGAGAACCGGGUGUUUGUCGGCCAAAUAGGCAGGGUCGUGGAGGGGCUCAGUGAGUGGAUGGACGGUGCGCUGAAGCUCAAGAACGACCAAGGCAUCGUCGAUUCGAGGGAGCUUCUUCGCUCGAAAGGCAUAGACCAAAUCAACCUGUUCAAGCUGAUCCAGUAUAUCCAAGCAUCCAAGCUCGCCUACAAGAUCGAAAGCUACGCGGCUCACAUCGAGGAAGAAAAGGACCCGAGCAAAGGGAAAAGAGCACCAAAGUCAUCGACACCGGUCCUCCACACGCUUCACUCGUUUCUCGUAUCCCUGACCAACCUCAGCUCAGAAGGCCGCAUCUUCUACCAGAAACUCCAAGGACCGACACCCGACAUCCAACUCUCCUACCUACUUCUCUCCCCAACUCAUGCUUUCUCAUCCGUCGCCACCACUGCCCGUGCGGUCAUACUCGCCGGUGGCACCAUGUCACCGUUCGGAGACUACAAAGACCACCUUUUCCCCUACCUGGCGGGCGACAAAAUCACCACGCUGAGCUGCGGCCACGUCAUCCCCCCCUCGAAUCUCUGCGUCUGGACGCUGGCUGCCGCACGGGCGGGGGAUGCGACGUCGACGUUCGAGUUUAGUUUUCAGCGGAGAGGCGACAAGACCAUGGUGAACCAGCUCGGCGUGGCCAUCUCGAACAUGUGCGCGGUCGUUCCGGAUGGCGUUGUCGUGUUCUUCCCUAGCUACGGGUAUUUGGACCAGGUCAUCGCGACGUGGGAGGCGAGACAACCAGGGGAGACCAAGUCGGUUUGGGAGCGGAUGCAGGAGCGCAAGGCCGUCUUUCGGGAGGCGAAGGGGGGAUCGAGCGACGAGGUUCUCGAGGCGUAUAGCGCUGCCAUUCUCGGCGGAGCAGCCACGACGUCGUCGACAAGUUCAACUGCGCGGGGCGCUUUACUGCUCAGCGUGGUAGGCGGCAAGAUGAGCGAGGGCAUCAACUUUUCGGACCGUCUCGGCCGCGCCGUCGUCAUCGUCGGGCUUCCGUACCCGAACAUGCAGUCGCCCGAGUGGAAGGCGAAGACGGAGUACGUCGAGGCCACGACGCUGGGGCGUCUGACGGACCCUGCACGCGAGGGAGGACCGACGAAGAGAGAUGAAGCGGUGACAGCGGCGAAACAGGCGGCCCGGGAGUUUUACGAGAACGCGUGCAUGAGGGCGGUGAACCAGAGCAUCGGGCGGGCUAUCCGGCAUCGCGGGGACUAUGCGGCCAUUGUGCUCUGCGACCGACGGUACGGGACGGAGAGGAUCCGGGGGAAGCUGCCGGGGUGGAUUCGCGGGGCGAUGAGGGAGAAGAGUGAAGAGGGGGGGCUGCCGCAGUUGAUGGGAGCUUUGAGCGGGUUCUUUAGGGAGAAGAGGCAGAAAGGGGGGGGGGGAGUGAAGCUGGGUGAUGGAUGAGCCUCGGCUCCUCAGCUUCUCAUUGCCUCUCACUCUCAUUUCUUUCGCAACGAAAUGUGGACAGCGAACAUGAACGACCUAAGAAAGGCACGAAAGCGAAGCAUUCUGACAUGUAGACGCAUCAUAUUUUGAGGAAAGAAGAAAAAAACCCUGGCACAUCAAACUCCCAAAAGACAAGACGCCGGACCUCGGCUUCAUGGUAGCGAUUAUCAUCAACAAGACACAAGACCUCGCGUCCUCAGCUUGGAACUCAAACAUCCAAGCCACCAGACCCCUUCUGCUAACCAUGCAA